AUGGGCUGCUAUGACUGUUGCAUGCGCUGUCUGGGUGGAGUGCCCUACUGCUCGCUGGUCGCCACGCUGCUGUGUUUCUCUGGCAUCGCUCUGUUCUGCGGCUGCGGACACCAGGCCCUCACCGAGACCGAGCGCCUCAUCGAGACCUACUUUGCCCGCAACCUUCAGGACUACAUAACACUUGCAUACAUUAUUCAGUAUUUCCAGUAUGUCAUCUACGGCUUGGCGUCCUUCUUCUUCCUCUAUUGUAUCAUGCUGUUGGCUGAAGGCUUCUACACGACCAGUGCGGCCAGGCAGACGUUCGGAGAGUUCAGGAGCACCAUGUGUGGCCGCUGCCUCAGCUCCACGUUCAUCGCGAUGACGUAUUUACUUGCUGUGCUGUGGCUGCUAGUGUUUGCCUUUUCGGCUUUGCCUGUGUAUUUCUUCUACAACAUGGAUGCCACCUGUCACACCAUAGACGUACUCACAGAAACCCCUGCCAGCAUCAACCAGCUAUGCGUGGAUGCCAGACAGUAUGGGUUACUGCCAUGGAAUGCAGUCCCAGGAAAAGCAUGCGGCAUGACCUUAUCUUCCAUUUGCAAAACCAGAGAGUACCGCAUCACCUAUGACCUCUACAUCGCAGCCUUUGCUGGGGCCGGAAUCACACUUUUGGCUCUGCUGACCUACACUGCAUCUACCACUUAUAACUUUGCUGUUCUGCGAUACUUGGGCAGAAAGGGCAUAGGUUCGGUACAGCUGGUGCUGAGCCAGGUUUACCUGACACAGCUGAGACAGCUGCUGAGAGAGGAGAGGAAGGGCUGUGACCUGUACGGCAAACUGCACAGAGACCGAGAGGGGGCGCUGUGCUCCCCGUAUGCAGACACUGAUCUCUAA